AUGCAGAGCGUAAUAAAUACAGUAAAGGGAACCGCCCUCGGGGUAGCAGGCUACUUGACGCCUGUAUUAAAGGAAUCUAAAUUUCAAGAGACUGGAGUGUUGACCCCUGAAGAGUUUGUGGCGGCCGGAGACCAUUUAGUUCACCACUGCCCAACCUGGCAGUGGGCUAAGGGCGAGGAGUCCAAAAUCAGGCCGUACUUGCCCUCUGACAAGCAGUUCCUCAUAACCAGAAAUGUUCCAUGCUACAGGCGUUGUAAACAGAUAGAAUAUUGUGAUGAACAUGAAAAGACAAUAGAAGAUGAGAAUGAUGAGGACGGAGGCUGGGUGGACACACAUCACUACGCCUCGCCAGGGUCGCCUACUGUCGAAGAGAAGGUGUGUGAGAUGACAUUAGAGGCGGCCGAGGCUGGGGACAGCGAUGGUGAGGGAGGAGGGGACGCUGAUGACGGUGAUGAUGAUGAUGCUGAUGAUGAUGAGGCCGAGGACAUGGAGAACUUCCAGGAGUCCGGACUGCUGGAUGAAGUGGACCCAUCUACAGCGCUGACGACCCGCAAGGAGCCGAAGAAGACGAUGAAACACACGGACGGAGACGAGAUAGUGAAGACCAGGACCUACGACCUUCACAUCACCUACGAUAAGUACUACCAGACGCCGCGACUGUGGCUCAUUGGAUACGACGAGGAGCGGCGGCUGCUGAGUGUGGAGGCCAUGUACGAGGACGUGUCCCAGGACCACGCCAAGAAGACCGUCACCAUGGAGACGCACCCGCACCUCUCCGGACCCAGCAUGGCCUCCGUACAUCCCUGCAGACACGCGGAGGUGAUGAAGAAGAUCAUCGAGACGGUGAUGGAGAGCGGCGGCUCGCUGGCCGUGCACUCGUACCUGAUCGUGUUCCUCAAGUUCGUGCAGACCGUCAUCCCCACCAUCGAGUACGACUUCACGCAGAACUUCUCCAUGAACUGA